CCAAAAUCCACUAAAACCAGGUUUUCAAUAUUGCUGUGAUAUAAUUCAAAGUAAUAUUGAAUCACAUCUAUUAACAGCAAUUAACAUAUGUUAUCAAAAAGUUUUUGAAGCAAAAACAGAAUAUUCUAGCUUAGCUGCUGUGGGUUUUGAGAAUGAAGAUAUUAUUCAACAAUUAAUUACUGAUGUA